GUGCAGAAAUCCGCUGGGCUGAAGUUCCGUGAAGUGCUGCUGCUCCCCUUGGCAGGCUCGUAGAGCAGUAGAGGUGGAAAUGAAACAAAAAUCGCAGUGUGUGACAAAGCCAUCACAACGUGCCGGAGUGUCAGUAGUAAUGUUUGAUGAAUGUGUUUGGGAUGGGGCUGUGGAAGCUCUACGUGGUGUGCAGCGUGCCCAUGUGCGUACACAAAGGCACUUCUGAGGCAGAAUGUUACUGAUAAGGAGUUGUGAUUACGUGUGGUGUCAUUGCUGCGGCGCUCGGUCUUCGUUUUUGGACUGUUGCCUUUAAUAAUUAGAUUCAGGCUCUUGAUUUUCUCCUGUCUGCUUGUUUUCAUGUUUGACUUUCUACUUAUUGUUUUCCUUUUUGCCUUCUGAACUGUUUUUUUUAAUCACUGGGCAUUAUUGGAUGCUUCUAUUUAUAAAAUUGAGGGCUUAAAGUAGGUGGUGGUCAAAUUAAGUCACACUUAUUUACAGCCGUAUCUCAGACAUAUGUUGUAUGGUGAUCUCGAUAUAAUCCUAGGCUGGUUUUGGGGAAGAUUUGCUGUAUCCUAUGAAUUUAUUAAUACACUGUUGUGCGUGCGUUUUAAUUUUAGUAGCACCCUUAUCCUCUUAGUUCCUUUUGAAUGAUUCGAGCUUGGCUAUUUUGGUUUUCUAUGCAGUUAUUCUACAUUCUGGAUAAGUAAAAUGGAAGGCUAUUUUCAUAAUUUGAGGCUGGAUACCUUUUAAUUUUAGGCUAAUAUUUGCCAGCCGUCAGGACUUGUGUACGUGUGGCAAGGCAAAACGUGUACAUCAGGCAGAACUAAUUUGUUAUCUAACCUUGUAGCACAGCGCGAUGCCUCCAGACAAAGCUCUCCUUGUACCCGCAGCCUUUGAGGAACACAUCCCCAGUGAGGAUGCUGCCUUCUGCCGUGCCCCUCUUCUGCUCUUUCUGGAAACGCAGAGCGAUCCUGGGGCGACGCAGGCAGAGUCUGCCGGGAGCUUCCCUUCCCUGUGUGCCAUGUCUGGGGCGGGAGAUGCGGGAGGGGACGUUCUUUGUUGUGUGACAUCGAGAUCGCCCUGACGGCGCGUUCUGCUCAAGGAAUUGUGCGUGGUGCAGGGCAUUCCUUCAGCCGAUGGAUGUUUUCUCUUCGUGUGCUCUUAGCUCACGCACAGAAAUGAAUUUCUCUGAAGAUUACUGUGUGUGUUCCUUUUAGGAAACCCUUGGAUUCAUUGUGUCUUGGCUGUGGCUUUCUAGAAAUGUGUGUUUCUGCACGGCGAUCCCUGCUUGUCACCACAGCCAGCUGCUCCCUGUGGCUUGUAAUGCCCAUGAAAUAGGUGGAUGCGUGUGCUUGGAUGCAUGCAUAAUGCUCGUGCAUGUUAAUUGUGUAAAAGUAUCUCCUGUUUGUUCUGCUGUGAAGGAUCGGAGUGAUCUGUGCUUGACAAGGCUGAGGAAGCUGUGCAAAUAGCUGCACUCCCUUUUGGGAAGAUUUUGCUGGGCGAUAAGGAGAUGAAACUGCAUGAAGAGCUUUCAGAUGUUUGCAUCGCCGUACAGAAUUUGGAAGUACUAAUACGGAGCGCUUGACCUUCUAAUCUCUAACAGCAGAAUCUCCUGAGACCGGGAUUAGGAAAAGAGUGCCUUCAGAACCAAUAUGUAGCAAAUGGGUAUCGCACCUCUGAAGCUCCUCCCUUGGUUCAACACUUGCAUGUUGUAAGGAUCCUUGUAGCCACAGCCGUGAAUUGCUCUUGUUAACUUCAGAAGUGGAUUUCAUGUGGUGCUUGCUAAGUGUUGAGUCACCAUGAGUAGUAAUCUAGGAAAAGAAAAGGACUGUAAAGAGAAGGAUCCAAAAGUCCCGUCGUCAAAAGAAAGGGAGAAGGAGGCCAAAGCCUCCGGAGGAUUUGGGAAAGAAAGCAAAGAGAAGGAGCCCAAGACCAAAGGGAAAGAUGCCAAAGAUGGAAAGAAAGACUCCAGUAGCACGCAGCCUGGGGUAGCUUUUUCAGUGGACAAUACGAUAAAAAGACCUAAUCCAGCCACAGGUACCCGCAAAAAAUCCAGCAAUGCUGAAGUGAUCAAAGAGCUAAAUAAAUGCCGGGAAGAAAAUUCAAUGCGCUUGGACUUGUCCAAGAGGUCUAUACACAUGCUUCCAUCGGCUGUCAAAGAGUUAACGCAGUUAACAGAACUUUAUUUAUACAGUAACAAACUGCAGUCUCUACCAGCAGAGGUGGGCUGCCUUGUGAACCUGAUGACACUGGCCCUGAGUGAGAAUUCACUCACCAGUUUGCCUGACUCUCUUGAUAACUUGAAGAAACUGCGCAUGCUUGACCUGCGGCAUAACAAACUGAGAGAGAUUCCUUCGGUGGUGUAUAGACUAACUUCUCUCGCCACUCUUUACCUACGCUUUAAUCGUAUAACUACUGUGGAAAAGGAUAUCAAAAACUUGUCAAAACUCACCAUGCUUAGCAUACGAGAGAACAAAAUCAAGCAACUACCUGCUGAAAUUGGUGAGCUGUGUAACCUCAUAACGCUGGAUGUAGCGCACAAUCAGCUUGAGCAUCUUCCAGAAGAGAUUGGAAGUUGCACGCAGAUCACCAACCUCGACUUGCAGCACAAUGAGCUCUUGGACCUGCCAGAAACCAUAGGAAAUCUGUCCAGUCUAAGUCGUCUUGGCCUGAGGUACAAUAGGCUGUCAGCAAUUCCGAAGUCUCUAGCAAAAUGCAGUGAACUUGAUGAACUGAACCUGGAGAACAACAAUAUUUCUACUUUACCGGAGGGUCUUUUAUCCAGCCUCGUCAAGCUGACUAGUUUAACGCUGGCCAGGAACUGCUUCCAGUCCUAUCCUGUGGGUGGCCCGUCUCAGUUCUCCACAAUCUACUCUCUCAAUAUGGAGCACAACCGCAUCAAUAAAAUCCCCUUUGGAAUUUUCUCUAGAGCUAAAGUAUUAAGCAAGCUGAACAUGAAGGACAAUCAGCUGACCUCUCUCCCCUUGGACUUUGGGACUUGGACUAGUAUGGUAGAACUGAACUUAGCGACUAACCAACUCACAAAGAUCCCUGAAGAUGUGUCUGGGCUUGUUUCUCUUGAGGUUCUUAUAUUGUCAAACAAUCUCCUAAAAAAACUUCCCCAUGGAAUUGGAAAUCUACGGAAACUCCGAGAGCUAGAUCUAGAGGAAAACAAACUGGAAUCCUUGCCAAAUGAAAUAGCUUACCUCAAGGAUCUGCAGAAAUUGGUUCUGACUAAUAAUCAGUUGACCACCCUUCCCAGAGGUAUCGGUCACCUUACCAACCUGACUCACCUUGGGCUUGGAGAGAAUCUUCUCACACACCUUCCUGAGGAAAUUGGUACACUGGAGAAUCUGGAAGAACUGUAUUUGAAUGACAACCCCAAUCUGCACAGCCUUCCCUUUGAGCUGGCUCUUUGCAGCAAACUGUCAAUAAUGAGUAUUGAGAACUGCCCGCUCAGCCACCUUCCGCCUCAGAUCGUUGCAGGAGGACCCUCUUUCAUCAUUCAGUUCCUAAAGAUGCAGGGACCAUACCGUGCCAUGGUCUGAUGCUAAUCGGAUUGUCCAAUACACUGUACAAAAUACAAACUGCAUUAAUGUUUUAAUUGUCUGCGUAUGUAUAUAUAAUAUAAUAUAUGUGGUUUAUAUUAUAUUAUAUAUAUAUAAAUAUAUAAAUAAUAUAAGAUGGCAAAUUUAAGACUGCAUUAUGUGUUUCUGCUAAUAGAGGAAUCAUAGCCAUUUAGAUUUUUUUUAUUCUGUAAAAAUGCUUGUCUAAGUUUUCUUUGCUGAAUUUGAUGGAAGUUGAGUAAUCUGGACAUGCCAGUUCAUUUAAAGCAAUUGCCAAUGAACUCAAAGUUAAAUUUAAGGGACAAAGAUAGUUUUGCUUAGAUUUACUUUCAGUUAAGAGAAACAUAUAACCUCUAUAUAAUGAACUUUUCUGUUUUAAUCCCUCUUUUUUUUUUUUGUGUCAAAACCUGGAAGGGUCACGUGUCCUGAGGUUGGGAUUUUCUUUUAACUUAUUUUGAGAUUUGAAGCAAAUGGUGUUUUUAUAUUGUUUACAGUCAGAGUAAAUCACUGGAUUUUGUUUUAUUUUGAUUUGCUCUGUUUUAAUCAAUCAUAUCUAGAAUUUAUAUGCCUCUGCUGAUGAAUUUUUAUCAACCGGUUUGUAUACUAAAGACAUAUACUCAUCAGAACAACUGGCAGGUGAAAAGGAUGCAGUCAAAACGAAAGAAAAGGAAAAAAGAAAAAAAAAGAGCUUGAAUUCUUUUAAGUCUUGCUUCCCUGAGUUAUCAGUUGCAGGCAUAACAUAUCUGAACUGAGCCUUUUGUGAUUGGUCUUUUCUAGCACAAGUAAACCUUUUCAGAUUGGUAAAGACACGGAGUAUACUCAGUGAAAAGCGGUUUUCAUUUUGUGAAGUAACGAUUCCACGAGGUUUAACAGUACAGUUAAGUGGCAAGGAAAUAAUAUAUAUGUACAUUUUUAUUACAAUGUUGAGUCAUAAACUACAACAGGCAAUUUUAAGGAUUCCUUAUAGUCCUUGUACAAUAAAUGAAUGUGUCUUACUUUUGAACACUGCAAUAUAUGUAAGUUUUAAAGUUGGUAACAAUGUACUAUGGUUUUAUAUCUUGACUUGCCUUGUACCUCCUUCCAUUAUGGAACUUCUGUGUCCAAGCACAAUAUCUUCACACUGUGCUGUUUUGCUGCUGAACUAAAUGCACUUUUCCCCACAGCUGGGGCACUUGCUUCAAAAUAUUCAGUUCAGUAUCUUGAUUAUUCUUUUUUAACUUCAUCCUCUCUGUUUCAGUAUUAAACCGAUCUAUUCAAAAAGAGGCACCUUUUUCAUUUGUGCAUAGCUGUCGAUAGCUCAAGAGAAACACUGUAAGGAGCGGACGUUCCGUUUUAUUGCAACCUCCUUGGUUGCUCAAUAAGCAGAAGAUGCUUCAGGGAAACGUACGCUGUUGCUGCACUUGCAGGGCCAGUUGCCCUUUUCCAGGAGGGCAGGAGCUCGAGGCGGUUGCAUUCCACGUUUACUAAAGAGCUGUCCAGUUCAUACUCGUUGGAGUUGCUGCUGGGGUAGUGCGGCUUAGAGGACUGUAUCUUUUGAACGAAAUCAAAUCAGCUGAUGCUAGGAGAAAUUUUUUUCACGUGCAGAAGCUUGGGGAAUGUUAUUUCUGGCUUUCAGGCAUGCUUACUUACGUGUAUUGCCUUGAUCUAAUUUUUUUUUUCCAGCGUUGCAUUCUGUUUUGUCCUAUGUCUUUUCAUUAACAAGGAGUAAGUUUUAAAUGGAAGGCAGGUGGAGAUAUAAAACCUUAGAGGGCUUAAACGUGCUGUAAAACUAUUGUAGAUGUCACUGGAUUUUACUAAGUAAUAUUCUUUUCUUUCUCACACAAUCACUCUCUGCCCCCAUCUUUCCCCCCCACUUUUUUCUUUUUUACAUCUACUGUAGCUUUUCAGUUUAGAAUUUAGUUUAUAAAAGGUUAUUUUCUUACAGUUCUGCCUGAAGUUAAUCUUUCUCAGCAUUAAGGUGUUAAAAUAUGAAGAUGCUGUAAUGCAUAAUUUCAAGACUGUAAUCUAACUUCGGAAUAUACUGCUAAACCCACAUUUGUGCCCUCAGGUCAGUAGGGGAAACUGAUUUGAUUAUUAUGGUUCUUUGGAAAAAAAAAAGUGGCGACCCCUUGUGUUUUCAAGUAUCUUGGUCUCAUUCCCUGUCUGCUCCUCAGUCUCAUUUUUAUAAGAGUUGACAGGAUUAAAUUUGCUUAGUUUGUAAAUACGUCCGUUAUUCACCUUGUUAAGGUACAUGGUUCUUGACCGUAUGAUUACAGCUGACCCUCUCUUGCAUAAAUUCUUGUGGAGGGGUUGGCUACCGAAGUAGUGCUUGUUACACCCGCUUAAAAACAAAGUAUUCUUUUCAUUACACUUAUAGGGAUAAAUAAAGCCAUGUUUUAAUUCAUUACUAUAUUAAAAACAGGAUAUUUUUUCAACCUCUCUUUGUAUUAGUAUGGUUGUUGCAAUGCAAGAUAAUCCCGAGCCCUGGUGUAGAAGUUUAAUUUUAUACAUCCUGAAGGGAACAUUUGAAAGGUUCUUUAAAAUUAUCCCAAAGCUUAGAUAUUAACCGUAUGGAAUGGACUGGGAGUAGGUGCGUAUAAAUCUCCAUAUGUGCACACGUGGAUUUACGUCCAGACCUAUUCAUAGAGCCAUACAAAUUCCAGCUGUUUUGAUCCUAACAGACUUCUGCAUUUGCCAGGAUGCUGGGUUGUUAACUGAUGCGGUUUCUAAAUGGCAUUUAGUGCCUGAUGACAUUCACUUGGACACAUGCUGGUUUAUUUCUCUGUGUUUAAAUAUUUUGCUGGGCCUAAUCAACUAAGUAUGAAUGGAAAUAACUUCAUCCUGACGAGCGUAUGUCUGCGUGCAUACAUACAUAUAUGUAUAUGUGCAUCUGUGUAUGUGUGAAAGCAUUGACAAGGUGGUGAGAUUCAUUCUUUAGGGCUUCUUUCAAAACAGUGCAGAAACAGGUCAUUCCCAAAUACUCAUAUGAAAUAUUUUGUCUCCCUUGUCCUACUGUUGUCUCCCAAGUAAUUUACAGGGGUUACUGGGAAAUGUGACAAUCUUUACUUUGGGUGAAAAUCAUGACCUUUAUAUCUGUUAUGAAAAUGUCUCCACCAACGUACAUAAAAAUAUGUGCAUAUACAUAUGCUCUAUAAAGACACUGUCCUGAAUCAUGCCUUGACUUAGCAGAAGCUGAAUUACUGUACUAUAGACUACAUAGUAUUAGGGAAAUUUAGUAAGGCAUAGAACAGAUUAGGGAUUUGUUAAAUAACUCAAAGAAGGUUUUAUUGCCAUUAUGACUCAUUUUGGCCAAGUUGCAUUUAAAUUUGCUAAUAGAAAGUUGUUAUUCCCUGCAAAAAUGUUUUCUUUUAGUAUAGUGUAAAGCCAUUAAAGUUCUGUCUCUUCUUGUCCUGUAUUUAACUUCCUAAACAAAUUUUCUAGUAUAAACACAGCGGAAGGGCUGCGUGUAAAGCUGGGCCAUAAAGCUGUGUCAUUGGCACUUUGUAGUUUGUCAGAUGCUAUUGGAGACUUCUAAAUUCAUAGAUAUCCUCCCCUCCCCCUCCCCUCCCACCCCCACCCCUUUUUGGAAAGGGAUUUAUGCUGUAAAAUAUUUGCUUCAGUGCCUCUUUUGGGUUUAGGUUUUCCCUGCAGUUUUGUCCAUCUUUUGCUAAUGUUGUGUGAGAAAGUGCAUGUUCAGACUUCUUGAAGGUCGUGUUUGUACAUGAUUUAGUAAAGUAGUAUUCAAACUGUCUGGCUGGUUAGCACUUAAACCCACUGUAUCACGUGAAAUUCAAGUAUCAUCUCGGAUCCUGGGAGUUGGAAAAAUGGCUUUUAUUUAAAAAUCACAGAGCUUUAUCAGAGUGUUUUUUGUUUGUUUUGUUUUGAAUUUAAAUUUCUGUAUCAGUACGAACUUAGCUGGAGAGUCUUCAUAUCUGGAUUCAGCUAAAAACCUUGGUAUGGUCGAUAUCACACCUCAGUUGUAUCCAAUUGGCAUGACGAGGAUAGCUUCUAAUUAGAUGUGCAGUUGGCAGUAAUUUGCACAACACAAACUUCAAGGCACGGUAAGGACAAUUACAAACGAUAGUAUCUACAAGUGGUUUUUGUUUUUACGCUGGCAAAGAUCAGAAAAUUAUGUUUAAUAUUCUGAUGUUUAGGUCUUAACCAGGACUGCACAGGACUUUUACUGUGGAAAAAUACCAGACCACGCUAAUUUUGUGGUUAAAAGCUAAACAAGAGUGUAAACAGUCUACAAAAAUGUACUUUUAAUCUGAAUUAUUGUAAUGUUGAUUGUUAUGUCUAUAUAAAAGAUUGCCUUGCUUUUUUAUAAGAGUCAUUCUGUAUCAAUGCAUUCAUUAUAAAUAGUAUAUUUGUAAAUGA